UGACAUUGACGGAUGAAAUGAAAAUAUGUAAUGCACGGUGAGCAGGUGUGAUAUUCGAACAUAUAUGGAAUACCUGCAGAAGAAUAUAUCUCAAUUUGCACACAAGGACAUAUACCAAAACUGAAACAAAGCAUUGUUUUGUGUUGUUGAUUGUUUAAAGAAAAAAUGAUUUUGAAAUUCAUCAAUUAUGUUUGGACUGAAAACACCUGUUUAUACAAACAUUAUAUCUAAAUAAACAGAAAUCAUGACUCAUCCACUCUAUGACCCCAGAACUUAUCGCAGACCAACUGUCAAAUCAGCAGCAUUGCUCCACAACGGCGAUUAUUGGACAGUUGACAGACCUAACCAAGGAGCUGCUUCUUGUAGACCGAAGACUGAAACUCGCUCAAAACCGUCAUUAUAUGUAGACUGGGAAAUUUUCUGUCCUAUAGGCCCUGAGCUGGCUUUUCAUGUUGGAUGUGCAAUAGGGGACACACUUUACUUACAUGGAGGUGUUAGUUCCUGGGGUGCUCUGACCCCUUCAAAUAAACUGUAUAGUCUUAAUACCAAUUCCAUGAUUUGGAAUGAGGUCAGAGUUGAAGGAAGUCCUGCACUCAGUCAUCAUGCUUGCAUCCCAUUGGACAACAGAUACUUGCUUCUCAUUGGAGGAUGGAACGGAAAAGGUAGAACAUCAUCUGUAGUUGCUUUUGACACAGAUCAAAAAGUUUGGUUAUAUCCUAAAGUUUCUGGAUUUCCUGAAGAUGCUGGUCUCAGUUCUCAUACUGCUUCUCUCCUAAGUGAUGGCAAAAUUCUAGUGCUGGGAAGGGAGGGAACUCUGCGAAGUCAACAGAAGGAUCGUCUCAGUGGUAAUGUGUAUAUGUUGUCAGGGAGUCUGGCUCUGGGUGAAUACACUUUCACUGAAUAUAGUCAUAACACGGAAUCAAGGUCUGGACAUACCACCAGCUUCAUCGGACCAAAGUUAUACAUAAUGGGAGGGCGGAAUGAUAACUUUUUAGAGGUCCACAGUGGCUACAAAAGUGGUCUCUAUGGCAACAAUAGAGAAGUAAUUGAUACCCUAGUCAGAGUUGCCAAGACUCUUAAACCUGUGCCAAAACUUCCUCAUGGAAGGCGACAUCAUGUAGCUCUUGAAGGCUCUAAUGGAGUAUUUAUUCACGGAGGAGAAAAAUUUGAUGGGCCUCCAAAUCGACGUCCUGCCGGUGAAAUGUACAUCAUGACUGAUAGUAAACUUUCCGGGAUAAACUUUUACUUACUCGGUGUGAGUCGAGAAGGCAGGGCAGGGCAUGUGAUGUGUGUGUGUGGGGAUCAAAUUCUUCUACAUGGUGGACUUGGGGAUCGUAGGUUAGUUCAUGGUGAUACACGAGUGCUCCGUAUCAGGUGAUUAAUUGUCACGGGUGACUACGUCUGGCUGGUGUAAAGUUGAUUAACAUCUAAGUCAUAGAUGGCCACAUCUGGUCACUUUUGAGUUGAUUAACAUCUUCAUCAUAAGUAAGUGUCAACAGACAAAAAAGUCCCAGCAUGGAAAUAUCCUUGAUGACAAACAUACUAACCUGCUAUCUGUAAAAUUGUGCCAUAUAUUUUACAGUAUUUAAAUGGAAUUCUGCAAAAAGCCCAGAGGACUUUACACAAGUAGUUCUUUAACUUAAUACUGUAAGGAUGGGCUUAUUACAAGAAAAUAAAAUUACCAGUACAUUAAUUAAUAUUUUUAGAUCACCGUCACCCGUCAUCUGUCCAUCCAUUUUCAGUCCUGAAGAAAUUGUUACUUUUCUUGUGAAGAGCUUAAUGGUUCCUGUCUUUAGUGAUACCCUUUAAAUUUCGAGACUUAUCAGGAAGCAAUGACUAACAGGAGACUACAUUGGUUUUGAAAAUGAAAGGUGGUUAUUGCUAUUUCUUGAAAAUUAUAAAGAAUAGAUCUUUCUUGGAUUUCACAUGUGCUGUCAGUUUAUUUUGGUCCCUAUCAUUGCCAAAUCAGUUUUGAAGUUGAUCAGGAAAAUAAAAUGGUGUCCUAUGGAUAUCUUAGAUUUGACAAGUAAAAGGGCAUUAUUGGUAUUUUUUAGUAGUACAAAAUGGGUGUCCAGGAUUAUAUGUAGUUUCCUCAUGACUGCUUGUGGUGCCCUUUUAUUGGGGAAAAAACUGAAAAAAAAUUAGUUAGUAUUGAAUUGUUCUUAAGAUUCAUUUUAAGGUCUUCGUUACUUCUUUAAGUCGUAAUCUAGAUGGAUAUUUUGAAUUUUUAAUGUUUAGGCUCCCCUUGUUUAUUGAUGUUAACAUACAGUGGGUUGCAAGCAAAUGAAAUAUGAAAGAGGAGAAAGGAGGGAAAAGAUCCUUCUUGUGAAGACUUGGUAGAGAUCAUACAAUAGUGACCAUUAAGAUCUCUGUGUGUUCUCCUGUUAUCUGGGCAGAGGUGGAUGUGUUUGUUACCACGUGUGAUAUAAUAAUAAACUUUAUUUAUUUUACGACAAUUGCGAAGCAAGUUUUUCCAUCUUAUACAAAUCACUCUUGUUGGCUCGGAUGGAAGCGUGUGAGGGGUCUUAGUGUGGGAGGAAACCGGAGUACCCGAAGGAAACCGGAGUACUCGGGGAAAACCCACGUGGUCAGGCAAGUGACCCUUACCUUUUCAUAUCCACUCCGGGAAUCGAACACCGGACGGCUAGGUGAAAGGCGAGUGCCUUACCACUGUGCCACCCGACCACCCCCAUUACCAUGUGUAUGGGCUUACUGCCACAUAUGAUACACACACAACCAUUCAGAACACAAAUUUGGGAAAAUUGAACUUAAUCAAUGUAGUAUUGAUGUUGUUAUCGUUACGAGCUGUUCUGAUGAAAGAGUCAUGAAUAACAUGUUCACCUUUAAUAUAGGCGCCAAAGACAUACAUUGUAUUAUGUAUAUAUCAAAUGUGUCUUGAUAAAUACUAACGUCUUAAUUAACACUGCCAUAUCUAUCCUAAAUAAGCCCACUUCUCCAGUGUAAAAAAUCAGUAUUAAAGUGAAGUGAGGGUUUAUUUGUAAACUUCUUAUAGUUUACAGCAAAAUUGAUGAAUCUGCCAAAAAUAAAGAAUGGGGCUAAUUUAUGAGCAGGGGAUUAUGUGGAAAAAUAUGGUAUGCUCCAGUAUAUAUUGUUGUUGUUAUUGUUGUUUUGUGUAUCUAAUGAGUUUUGUUUUUACAAAUGUCUAGUUAUUUACAAAUUGUCCUGUGAUAUUUUCAUACUUUUACAAGUGAUUGAUGUAUAUUUUUAUAUGUUUUUACAGUGAUAGUAAUAUGUGUUUUGUUUGUUUACUUUUAACUUGUCCAAUUUGUAUGAUUUAUCUCUCUAUAUAUUGACCUACAUGUAUCAGUGUCAUAACAUCUACUAACAUUUUAGGAACUAAUCAUCCCAGGAAAAUCGUGACUGUCUAGAUUUUGAGAUUUUUAUUAGAAUCAACAGGUAUUUAAAGUUUUCAUUUCUGAAGAAAUGCAUGACUUUUAAUGACUAGAGAAAAUUGCUGUAUCUUGAAGCUGCAAAAAGCAUGUUAACAUCUAGACACAAAAUGUAUUUGAACACAAUUUAUUGAUGAUAAAUAUCAAAAGGAAAUUUAAAAUUCAAUAAAAUACACAAAUAGUUUUUUGUUCUUUUUUGUUGUAGAUUUGAAAAGUUUAAUAUUUCAUAUAUAGGACACAAAAACAUUCUAGUUUGCCGAUAUGUCUAGUUUAAGAUCUGAACAACAAAACAACAUAUCAAUAAACUGGAGUGAUUCAUAGAUCUUAUUUUUAAAUAGAUCCGUUACAAAAAAAGGUCUUGACUUCCUUGAUUAAUGGAGUUCCCAACCUGAUUGAAUAAUGUUAUGGUCUUUGAUUUGAUCACCUUAAAAUCAGCAAUUUUCGUAGGAGUUUUAUUUUUAUUGAAUUUGUGAGUGCUCUGAAUCCAAUUUAUAUUUUCACGAAUUGAUAUACAAUAUUGACAUGAAGUUAGCACUAAUGGAUUUUUUGUAAGGUCCAUCCAUAAAAUCAGAUGCCAGUGAAAAUGUAUAUUUUUGUAAAACUGCUGAAUUUGAGCCCAAGAAAAUGUAAUAUUUUGCAGUACAUUGCAAGAGACUAUGAUAUAUAGGUUCCUAUAGUUUCAAAACUUAAUUGUUACUGACUGAAGGGUUUUAACAUCCCAGGUCUGUUGUUUGUAAGCCAUUAAUCUAGGAAAUUGCUUUUAUGAAUUUUUUCAAAACAAUGUUUGGAAGUGUGAUAAACAGAAUCUUGUAUCUUGAGAAAUGGAAGCUCAUUUGUCAAGUGUUUUCAGCAUUCCAGCUCAAAGAAAUAAUAAAUCAUUGAAAUGAAGAUUGUAAGUGUAAACUUGGUGUUUAUAUUAAGGUUUCCAAUAAACAGUAUUUCGGUGAUUGUUUGUAAUACUGCAUUAAUCCAGCAGUUAGUCCAAACUAUCUCUACUCUAUAUCUCAAUAUCAGGAAAGUAGAUGUGGUUAGGCUAAAAUUUAUCAGACAUGGGCUUAUCAUGGGAUAAAGUGGUACACAUAUGUCAUAUGAUUUUCGGGAUAGCUUCAGAUUGUUUUUGUUUUAAUAAAGUCUCAUGUUUUUGAAA